CGCACAUCGCAACUGUUAGCUUCGCGAUUGCUGCCCUUGCAGGUAUAUCGUGCAGUUCGGAGUAGGCCUACAUGCGCAGCGGUUAUUCGUGUGAAAAUAUCUAUAUGAGAGUGUUCAGCGAAAUGUGAAGAUUUAAUUAAACGAACGUGAAAGCGAGACGGAAUGAGACGACUAGGCUCGCGAGGCGAUUGCUGAUCUACCAUAGCUGCUGGCGCCAUGUUUUCCUUUUCGUCAGUUGGCAAGCACACCGGCCUAGAUCGUGGUGGCGUAUUAUGUGAUCAUGCAUGCCCCUGAAUUAUAGACUGAUGCGCCUUGCUGGUCACAGCGCGUGUCAUUAUCGUGCCAACAAUGCGGAUCGCCCAGACGCUAUACCGGACGCUAUACGCGAUGCUAUCGCGCGCUAGCAGGAAAUGCUAUUGCGAAGAGUUCACUCGCACUUUCGUGGACAAUUACAGCGUUCGCUAUGCAGUGAUUACGGCACAGCCACGCCGCGUGGCAUAUAUCGUCCGCAUCUAAAUCAGAUACCUGCGAACACUCGAUAUCGCAUCGGGCAAUACCUCACAAGGGUAGUAGAUAUAUACACAUAACAAUUAUCGCGACCGUAAUUAGAAAUAGCCUGCAAGCUUCUGCGUGGCGACUGCGCCGCGAUCACCGCAUAUCUCAAGUCGACCGCGUGCAUUGAAUGCUCAGAUAUACACCAACAACGUUCAGCCGGCGCGAUUACGAAAUGCAGCUGGAGCCCGCGUUCGUAAAUCCAACUUCGCGCGCAAAAGCGAGGACAAAGCCUCGUCGAACCUUCCCAGCAAAACCGAACGAAACGUGGAAUUCACCUUCUCGCACGCGAUCCGGCUCGGAAAGCAGUUAAUCAGCUCGCAGCACGCGUGCUCUCGAAGCACGGUGCUUGAAGUUCUCCCGAUCCUGUCCUUCGUAAGUCUCUAACGAUGGAAACUUCCGUGAACAAGUGGCACGGCAACGGGAAGACUCUAAGCUGGAGCUACGAGAACAGCGCCGCGCUGGAACUCAGCGAUGAAGACAGCUGCGCCGACGACGUCGACGACGACGACGGCGACGACUUCGGUAAAUAUCUCCCCGACGACGACGACGACGAUGCGCCACCUGGUGUCUACCCGACGCACUGCUGCGGUAGUAGCAAACGGCGGGGCGGCAUAACACAGAGUUACAUCGUCGACGUGCUUCAGCCGACAACGAACGUGAAACGCGUGUCGAUUAAGUCGAACGAUCGCCGAUCGACGUCACGAAUGUCGAUGCGACGUCGCCUAGCGGACACGCUCACGCAGAAUCCAUGCGCCGACGACGACGAGAGUGAAAUUCACGCGUCACCGGAAGCAGCGAAAGAAUCGCCGGAAGCAGCGAAAGAAUCGCGUUCGACGCCGGACUUUGUAAAAAUAUUCGAGGUAGCCGACCACAUUAAGAGCAAGCAGACGCAGAGACUACCUGCGCUCGAGCAGUUAGGUGCACGCGAAGUGCACACGCAGACAUCUCUUGUCGACGACAGCGUCGGCCAUAGUAGCUUCAACUUUAAAUUUGCAACGUUCAACCAGUUUUACACGGGGACGCGCGGCGCAUUCGAACGACGUCGCCAUGGCGACGACGACGAUGACGAUAUCGGGGGGCAAUAUCUACGAUCGAUGAGCGCGCAAACGUCAAAGCAUUUAUGGAAGAAGCUGACGUUUACCGGAUUCGGAAUUAAAUAGAGAGUGUAAAUUGCUUAAUUAAUAACGUCAGUGGUUUCAAUGUAUGAUUCACCUGAAAAAUGGGGGUAUAGUCAAUCUAACAAAUAUUUCGCGAAAAUAUGUGCAACGACAAAAAAGAAGGGUCGAGGGAGAUUGUUGUGGUGAAGAGAAGGGCAGCCAUUAAAUGGAGCGCGAGGUCAAAGUGUUACGGAUACGAAUUGGCGUAGCGUUGUUUCAUAGAAUCCACGUGUAAAUAACUGACCAUACACAAACUUCAGUUUUGUAUACACUACGGACAGCUUUCAAACACAUUAAUCUCUGACCGUGUUGUGAACGUAACUCAUUAAAAUUAACCCUGUUAGAUCUAGCUUUCAAACACAAAUCAAAAUUACAUAUCAUACAUUAUAAAUCAUAUCUCAAAUAAAUUCAAAUAAAUCAAGAAAAUAAUAAAUGCAGAUAAAUUCAUGUCUUACCGGACAGCGCACAUAUUAUUACUGAUUACUUCAGCCUAAAAGAAUUGCGAGUUUCUGCUGUUAUAGGCUGUAGAAGCUGCUGUAGCCUAUAUAUAUAUAUAGGUUAUAUGCUAUAAAUGAACAGCAAACAUGCGCCUGCUAUCUGGAGGUUCGCGAUAGUGGAAUUUUCAAACGUUCACGCAAAACAAGUGGCGCGUAGAUAUACGUUACGCAAAUAUUUAUAGCGCGGUACCUAUCUCGAUAUGUAGACAAAGAUAACAUAGUGAAGAGAGAGAGAGAGAAAGAGAGAGAGAGAGGGAGAGAGAGAGAGAGAGA